GUCUAUCCAGAUAUCGGGGUAGGCUUAUAACCUGGAGCUACGUCCGGGCCAGCCUUCAACCUGGGAUAUACGAUCUAAUUGGAUAUCGGGUUAGGCUUAUCACCUGGGCCUACAUUCGGGCCAGCCAUAGACUUGGGCUAUUAGGUCUACCUACAUAGAUAUAAGGAUAGACUAACCCAAUAAGGCUAAGUCCGACCUGGACCUUACCUUUACAGUAGGUAGGGUUUAAAGGAUAGUUUGUAGGGAAUAUUGUAUAGAGGAUAGAGAAUGUAGGAUAAAAUAUACACUAUGGAGGGUGGGGGUUUGACGAUGGACGACACAAGAGAAAGAGUAGACGAUAGAGGAUUGAUUUAAUUAACUAUGAAAUUCCUAGGCAUGGAUUAAUCGGAUGCUUUGCAUACAAAGUUGCCUUUAUACUAAAAUAAUUGGUGCCACGGGCACCAGUGAAUUGCCUAGUAUGUAAUAACGCACAAAUAUAUUUAAGCAAAAACUUCUGGAAAAAGUAUUCUUAACAAUUAAUAAAUCCCUUUGUUUUUCCAGAUCAAGUCGAUUUUCAUAAGUAAUUUGAAAAGCCAUAAUUUGGUAUUUCAAUUUUAAUUCUGAAAAAUUGAUAUAUGAAAUAUAAAAGAUACGGCCAAUUUGAAAAUUAUCAAAACUAAAUCUGGUCAGAUUCGUGGAAUUGAUUUUAUCAAUUGAUUGGGAAAGCUAGUGCUUCAUGUGAAGCAGCAUCGAAACAGCUUGGGCAACUGAAAGACUAUGAGAGGUACAAAUUUUAGUAUCACUUUUGACUAGUUGCAUAUUUUUUUUAAAUUUUACCAUGUCAAGGCCAACGCCAAGAGUCUGAGUUGGGCAUACUGGAGUUCAGAUAUAAUAGUUACUUAGUUAAAGAUAAAUUGUUUGUAACAUAAAUUUCGGAAAAACCGAAGAUAUCGAAAAAUUCUGUUUUCAUGUAAAAAAAACCGACAAGUUUUUUUUUUCAAAUGUGAGUGAAGUACCAAGUUGGUGGAAGUAUAUAUGUAUAUGAUAAAAUAUUUAAAAUUAUGAAAACCCUUUCAACGGAAAUUAUUAUUGUGGCAAUACUUUUACUGCCUCGAAUAUACUCAAACCCUGGUAAACAUUCUUUCAUGUCGAACAUUUUAAAUGAAAAAAACCUUACAUACUUUCUUCCCCACUUUCCUUGAGCUCUAUUAAAUAUAUUGGUUUGAAUAAUUUACAGUAUAACCUGAAAUUGAGGAAGCAGUUAUCAACUGAAAUUGGAUUGCUAUUUAUGAAAUAUACAUUCGUCGCAAAGGUCAGUCCAACCUAAAAGCUCGCUUAAACCAAUCGUGAAAAUAAUUCAUUCUCUACAUCAAUGUCCUUCCGCACUGGAGGAAUUGCGGUCCUGGCCGCUGUUUCGCUCAAGUCGCAAACCGCCCUUACCGCUAAAGUUGCUCAACUUAAGAAAAAAAUUAUGGACAAACACUACAGUUUGGCGCUGCUCGUUCAAGAGUUGUACGUUGACCGUUACCCAGUUUUAUAUAAGCCGUCAUUAAGUCUUUACGUGUCAAACGGUCGUAUGCACCUAAUUAGUGUAACGCGACCUUUCGACAAAUUGCAAACAAUUAUACCACUUUUAAUCCUGACCAGUAUAUUGAUCGCUUGUUUGUGGGCGGUAUUCAUCACUAUCGGAACUGAGUCCAUAAGACCUACGAUGGAUAUUAGGAUUUGGGCGUGGUUCUUCCUAAUAGUGCUAACCAGUUGUGGGAUAUGCAUCUACUAUUUGUGGCUGGUUAAGGGGAGGCAACCAUCAAUCUUUUGGGGAAAUGAGAUGUUGCAGUUGGAGCUAGAUUUGAAGAAAUCUACCCUGCAAUUAUACCGUAUCCAAAAUCAAGAUCCGACCACCCUUGACGCUCUUAUCCUGCUUGGCUUAAAAAUAUUUGUCUGGACUGGCUACCUCUUCACCCCGAUGGGUUCUCUGAUUCUUAUGGUGAUCGGAGUAGAUCCUACAUUCUACAUCGUAAACUAUUUAAUGAAUUCUUCCCCAUUGACCACUCUGCUUCUGCGCACUUUCACCUUCAAUAAUGCCAUCCUCCUGGAUAGUGUCAUCCUUGUUGCACGAUUUGUCUCCGUAACGGUCGCCCUGUAUGAAGGUGAACGCGUUUUGUUCAUUGUCCUGGGAUCUGUUUAUAUCAUCAUCUACACUGCUGACACGAUCGUAGGGCUUCUCCAGAAAACAGUACACAUAAAUAGGCGGCGAAUUCAAAUUGGACUAUUCCACCGUCACAUAAAGCUCUACGUAAUGCUUCAAUUGGCCGUCCAGGCGGUAGAAGACAUCGUCAAGGUUACCCUGUCAAUGGGCAUAGUUGCAUGUAUGGUGGUCCUCGUUACAAUGACGUUUGUCUCGAUCAGACUGAGACAUUUGUUGCCAGGAUAUCUUUUAGUAUUUCCAAUUUUCACGGGUGUUUUUAGUUUCUUUUUGGGGAAAACGUUACUAACUAAGACGGGCGGGAUAUAUAAAAGUAUUGUCGGAUUGCUAAGGUCUUUUCGAGCGGUGGGGAUAAUGAGGGGCAUGAGGCGUUCAGUGAAGCAGGGUUACGUCAGGGAUGUGAGGAGAUUGUCGAAACUAAAGAUCCCGAUUGGUAUUGGAAGUGCUGUUUUUGCUACGGUUAAUCAAAAUACGAAUGUGGGGUUGACGCGUUUGUUUGUGGAAAUUACAGUAAAUGCGCUUAUUUUGUUUUAGUAUUUCAUUGUUGUAAA